UUGCAUGCACUUGAGAAAGAGAAAGAGAAAGAGAGAUAAUGGGUACUUCUUCUUAUGGUGUUCUUAAUCUUCCAUCAAUGGCAGCUUUGUUCUUUGGUUUGUAUACAAUUAUGAUGAUGCCAGAGCUUGUGACAUGCAGAACAAGGCAUUACAUUUUCAAUAUAAGGAACCAGACAUUGACAAGGUUGUGUCACACGAAGAGCAUUAUUUGUGUGAACAAUAAAUUUCCAGGACCUCCAUUGAUAGCAAGAGAAGGUGAUAGAGUCAUUGUCAAGGUUGUCAAUCAUGUUUCCAACAAUAUUACCAUUCACUGGCACGGGAUUAGGCAGCUGACGAGUGGUUGGGCCGAUGGGCCGGCGUACGUGACCCAAUGUCCAAUACAGAUGGGCCAGAGCUACUCAUACAAUUUCAUCAUAACGGGCCAGAGGGGUACUCUUCUAUGGCACGCUCACAUCUCAUGGCUCAGAUCCACUGUUCAUGGGCCCAUCAUUAUUCUUCCUAAGCGCAAUGAGUCUUACCCCUUUGUCAAGCCUUACAAGGAAGUACCAAUCAUUUUAGGAGAGUGGUUUAAUGUAGACCCAGAAGCUGUGAUUAGCCAGGCACUUCAGACUGGAGGGGGACCCAAUGUUUCGGAUGCUUACACUAUCAAUGGCUUCCCUGGGCCAUUGUACAAUUGUUCAGCUUCUAAUGACACAUUCAAGCUAAGAGUGAAACCGGGGAAAACAUACCUACUCCGAGUGAUCAACGCUGCACUCAACGACGAACUAUUUUUCAGCAUAGCCAAUCACAGCUUCACCAUUGUUGAAGUCGACGCCGUCUACACCAAACCCUACACAACCACCACACUCCUCAUCUCCCCCGGCCAAACCACCAACAUCCUCCUCACCACCAAACCCUACUACCCCAACGCCACCUUCCUCAUCGCCGCCAGCCCCUACUUCACCGGUGCCGGAACCGUCGACAACACCACCACCGCAGCCAUCCUCGAAUAUCACCGUCCACCAACCACCACCACCACAAACCUCACCCUUUACAGACCAUCUCUCCCUCCUUUCAACGCCACCAAGUUCGUCAACGUUACCCAGUUCGUCGCCAACUUCUCCAGCAGCCUACGCAGCUUGAACUCCGCCAAGUUCCCGGCCAACGUCCCCAAAACCGUGGACAAGAAGUUUUUCUUCACAGUCGGACUAGGGACGAGCCCGUGUCCUAAGAACACCACGUGUCAAGGUCCCAACGGACAGAGGUUCGCCGCGUCGGUGAACAACGUGUCGUUCGUGCUGCCCUCGGUGGCGCUUAUGCAGUCCUACUUCACCGGAAAGUCAGCCGGAGUUUACAGCACCGAUUUUCCGGCGGUUCCUGUCCAGCCGUUCAAUUACACGGGGACGCCGCCGAACAACACGGUGGUGAGUAACGGGACGCGGUUGGUGGUGCUGCCGUUCAAUGCGAGCGUGGAGGUGGUGAUGCAAGACACGAGCAUUGUGAGCGCGGAGAGCCACCCUCUUCAUCUGCAUGGGUUCAACUUUUUUGUGGUUGGCCAAGGGUUUGGGAACUUUGACCAGAAUAAGGAUCCGGCCAAGUUUAAUCUGGUUGACCCAGUUGAGAGGAACACUGCUGGUGUUCCCUCCGGUGGUUGGCUCGCUAUUCGGUUCUUCGCAGAUAAUCCAGGAGUGUGGUUUAUGCAUUGUCAUUUAGAUAUACACACGAGCUGGGGGCUGAGAAUGGCAUGGAUUGUGUUGGAUGGACCCCAACCUAACCAAAAGUUGCCACCACCACCGUCCGAUCUUCCAAAGUGUUGACUUUAACUUUGACCAAAUAAUGGUCCGGAUAAAUAUAUAUGGCCUCAUUUUCUUUUUGAGUUUAAUUGCUUUCAACUUUUUGUUUUUAAUCAAUUGUUUGUGUACACAUUAUGAUUCGUUCAGAAAAUAAUUCAAAAUUGUA